GUCAUCUUUUGGAAAGCCUUUGCCCUUUGGUCUCCCCAGACUCCAGCGUCUCUCUCUUCUUCAUCCUCGCCACCCAGCCCUCUAUUGGCUUCACCACCUUCAUCGCCCCACACCUUCGACAAGCCUUCGACGAUCUGGUGGCCACCAGCUGCCACGCGGCCGCCCAUGCGGCCGAACAGACGCGCGUGUGGGUGGAGCUGUGGGAAGAUGCCACGGAGGAAGAGCUCAUCGACUUGGUGGAGGCCUAUCCUGAGGAGGCUUGGUGGCAUGGUGAAGGCUCGGGACGCCUGAAAUGGGUGCGGCAGAUGAAGAACUACGCGCGCUGCUGGGAGUGGCUGGAGGACGCGCGAGCGCCUGACACGGAGCCCUUUGAUUGGGUGAUGUUGCUGAGACCAGACCUGCUCCAUUUCCGUCCAGUGCCUCCCCUGCAACGCCUGGCACUUUCCGCACUUCCUUCGGGCCUGAUGAUCUUUCCAGAUGGCGGCCUGCGCUUGGCGCCUCACGUGGGCUAUUUGGAGGGACUCGAUCGGUUGCUGGCCAUGACCGGGGACGUCGCCCGCGCCUUCCUGCUGGAGCCCCUCUUGGCAUUAGCCAAUCGGAGCUUCGUGACGCUGCACCCCAGCUGUCUCAGCUGCUCUGGCUGGCGUUCGCCGGGCGUAGGACAUGGCCGGCACCCAUCCCAGCAUCAUGACAUGCGUCAAUGCGGUCAUUUGCAUGGACAAUCCAGCGCCUUCAUGUCGGGGUGAAGUUGUCUCCUGAGAAACAUGUGGCGAACGUCUUACUCCACUGGGCUGAGCACCGGCCGCUUGAGCUGUUGAUGGCCUAUGAGUGGCGCCAACCCCUGGUUCUGUCUGAGAAGGGUUGUA